ACUCAGUAUCGAAAAAUCGACACUAUACCAUCCGUGCUAUUUUGAAGUCGCCAUGAUAUUGACAGUGUUAACUAUCUUUUUGAUUAAGUCCGAAGUAAGUAACCUUAAAUGCGCUGACGACAUAUCCUCUGAUUUUUAUUGGCGAGACUAUUUCGGCGAGAUACCUUCAGAUGCAUUGGGUGGUGGUUAUGAUAAAGCAGGUAAUCCUGCAUAUAUUGGGCAGCUCUUUAACCAUAAGGAUGGAUUACUACCUGCCAUGAUUUAUGAGGGAGAUCAAUCUCUAUAUGCUACGGUCCGAAACGCACCUUUGACACAACAAAAAUAUGGAAAAAUUCUGUGCAGUCAUAAUCCCUGCAAAUAUAAAUGGAUACCAACAGAUACUUCAAAGGUUCAGAGUCUAUUUUCAAAUUAUACAGUUAUUUCUGGAGGCUAUGAGAACGCCAUCAACAUUGAUUUAUAUAUCGGGAGAAUCCAUUAUGAUUUAGAAAUCAGGAUAGGAAAAGUUAUAGUAGGAAUAAAUUCUGUCAACGGCAUUCAUAUUCCUUUUGGAAAGUCAUAUGUACACUUUAAAAGUUAUGAAAUUUUGGUUUAUGAUAAAAACGCAAAAUGCUAG